AUGGCGGAGGGGGGCAGCGGCCGGGGGGCAUUGCAGGGCCGAAUGCUGCCCGCCUCCUCCCCGCCUUCCUCCUCCUCCUCCUUCUCGUUCCCGGCUAGGAAAGUUUCGCCGCCGCCGAACGCCGAAUCGCCGGGUCGGGCGUUCCGCAGCCUGGCCCCAUCGGUUCGUCAGCUUUCCCUUCGCUUCGCCGAGCCGGAGCCAGCACCGGGCCCGGCCCAUGCCGGGACGCCGCCGCCGCCGCCGCCUCCUCCUCCUCCUCCUCUUCCUCCUCCUCUACCGCCUCGGGGGCCGGCGCUGAGCGCGGAGCCGCCGCGCUGGCCCAGCGUCCCGGCGAUGCGCAAACUCUUCGGAGAGAACGGACGGCGCUCCCCGGGAUGCGGAGCCGGGAGCGGCUCCGGACGGGCAUCGCAGCCCCCUCCGCCUCCGCCCCGCAGCCGCGUCCCGCACCCCGCGCUGCGCGCUGCCCGCGGAGCUCCGCCGGGGCCCGGCCCGCAUUCCUGGCAUAGCUCGACCCACCCUCCUCCUCCUCCUCCUUCCUCCUCUUCUUCUUCCUCCUCGUCCCGCAGCCUGGAGGAGCCGCGUCGGGGUGCGGAAGGAGAAGGGCGAAGCGCUCAACGUUUGGCCGAGAGGGACGGAGAGGUGCCGGGCAAAGCGGGCGGCAGGCAGCCGCUGGCCCCCGCCGGUCCCGUGGUUGCCCGCGUGGCCAAGGUGAACCUCCUGCCCUUCGGCAGCCCCGCCGGGAGCCGCUACGCCAGCAGUGAGACGCUGAAGGAAGAGGAGCAGCCAGCGGGCUGCUGGGCGUUGCACGGAGGACGCCGAUCGCCCGCUUUGGGGCCGAACGAUGGGUUGGCGUGGGGGCAGCCCCAAAUCCGAGCCCGGCCCAAGCUGCCUUCGGGCAUGGCCAAGGUGAGGGCGGAUUUGGGGAGCGAUGCUCUACAGCCGGUGGGAGACCGCGCUGAGCACCGCAAGUCUUUAUCCAACCCUGACAUCGCCACCGAGACUUUGACGCUGCUCAGCUUCCUCAAGUCGGACCUGUCGGAGCUGAAGGUGAAGAAAAAAGGGGUGAGGAUCGGCGAGGCCGCAGCCUACGACGUCCCCGCAUCCAACCUUCGGACCCGUGGCUCCGCUCAGCCCUCCGGCCGCUGGGCGCCGGGCGAACGGCCCACGCUGAAGGACCUGACGGCCACGUUGCGCCGCGCCAAGUCCUUCACCUGCUCAGACAAGUCGGGGACGAGGCGGCUCUUCCUGCAGAGCGCCAUGAAGCAGAGCUCCUCCGAGCUCCUCCUGGCCUCUGCUGGCAGCCACGACGGUGGGAGGAUGGGGGAUGAUGAGGACGCGCUGCCCGUGGUCAUCCAGGAUCAGUACAUCCAGGAGGCCAGGCAGGUCUUUGAGAAGAUCAGCAGGAUGGGCUCCCAGCAGGACUAUGGCUUGGCGGCCGAGCAGAAGGACAGCGGAGGUGUGGAUGGAGCUGAGGAGGUGGCAGCGAUGGUGGGGAUGGACGUGGCCCUUCGGGGGCAGCCAGUGGGCACGCAGUGUUUGAAGAAGGUGGAGUUGGAGGAGAAUGUCUCUUGCAGGAAGUCUGUGGAGGAGCUGCUGGGUCACGAGUCAAGCGUGACGGACGAGGGUAUUGUCACUGAGCCAGAGCCAGGGCCCACUGGGGUGGUCUUGGGGGACCUACGCGAGACCUGGCAGCUGCAUGACAACAGUGUCACUGCCACCGAGCCACCUCCAACCCCCGCUCCGGCUGCAGAGGAUGCUCUGGCCUGCAAGGCCCAAGCGCCGUCAGAGACCCCGAGCACACCCAGCAGCUUGCGGCGCCGGCGGAAAUUCCCCUCGGUGGGCAUCAAUGGGGUGGAGAGUGGCAUCGGGGAGGGUCCCGGUGAGCCCUACCGCUCCCUGAGUGACCCCAUGCCCCACCGGCGUUGUCCGGUGACGGAGGACGCGAAGAAUUUCUCCGUUGACAGCAACCUGUUGGGUUCAUUGAGCGCCAAGGGCGGCAUCCCGCAGCCCUCGGCCAUCGCGUUGGCCGGGCACGCGGGCAGCGCAGGCAGCGACCUGUCGCUCUGCAGCGACGGGCUGCGAGAUUACAGCAGCCUCAUCCAGACCAUCGUCAGCCAGCCCGGCGCCAUGGAUAAAGUCAUCGAUGAGAAGGGCAACGGGAAAACCAUCAAGAAGAAAUCUCUGAGCGAUCCCAGCCGCCGCGGAGAGCUGCCGGCGGGUGCCUUUGAGGGACCCGGCGAGGCCAUCAGUGAGCUGGAGGGCAGCAUCCCCCCAUCCAGCAGCGAGCCCAUCCUUUCGGAGCAGAGAGCUGUCCCUGCCUGUCCCCAGGGUGUUGGACACGGCUACGGCUUUGACCCCAAGCUGGCCGAGGUGCUGUCACCACGCGGCGCCCGCCGGAGCUCCAAGAAGCGCAGCGGCCGCGUGUCCCACCAGGAGAACCAGGUGGUGCCCGCCACCAUGGCCAGAGCCCGCCCGGCCACCAAGCACGUGCGGCACACCAGCGAGCCUGCCACCUUCGUCCCCAUCACGGUCCCCGAGCCGCAUGCUGGCCACCAUGCCCAGCACCCCACUUUGGAGGCCGCCCGUCCCCCCGUCAAAUCCUUCCCUGCCCUACAGCCGCCAUCACUGGAGGAUGUCACCAAGCGUUACAUGCUGGCCCUCAACUCCAGUGACACGUCCCCCAGCCCUGGGGAUGGGUCCCGCUCCUCGCCUGUGACACCCACCGCCCCUGAGCCCGCCAGGUGCCCCCGGCAGCCUGACCCCAAGAGCAAGCCCCAGGUGGUAAGUGCCCACUGUGCCCAGAAUUCCGCCGUUCGAUGACAUGCGGGAUGUUUUGUGUCCCCUCUCCACUGCGUGUCUCUCUUUGGGACCAAAGUUUUCUCGUUGACAUGGGGAAAUGCCUGUGGGAUGGCCAAGAGUUGGGUCUGGCCCUUCCUGGAGAGAUGUUGGUCCUGGAGUGGACAGGUUUUUGGAACAGCUCCCCAAGCAGGUGAUUUUGGGGUGGAAACCAAGUGAUCUCUGGGUCAAACAGCACCAAAAGGCCACAUCUCCCAGCAGUGCUCUAUAGGGUCCCCGUAAACGAGUGUGCUCUUGGCCAGCAGUGGGUGAUUUUGUGCCUGAAAUGCUGAGUCAAAAGCUGCAUUUUUGCCUUGGCAGAGGGCUUAAGCUGCCUUUUUCAUUGGUAUUUCUGCCGUUCUGCCCCAUUGAGCAAACCAGUGCUUUCCACCCAAAAAAUGCCUUGCAAUUGCUCUGCAUGGGAACGUGCUGAGCACAGCUUUUUCCCCUAAAACUCUGCAACUUGAGGCUCACUGGUGGCUGGAGCUGAAUUAA